GUUUUGUUGUCAUAGAGAGAGAGCAAUGAAUAAUACACUGAAUAUAGCAUUCAUUGCAUUACAUGUCAUAACAUUUGAGUGACAUUUCAAUUGACGACUCAUUCAAUGUAAACAUAUGUUUGUAUGAAGAAGUGAACCAUCAUUUGGUUGACCACAAAGUUGUCACUGAUUUGUCACUUCAGAGAUAAUUGUUUUGUUCAACCUUUUCAUAACAUUUCUAGUCAUCACUAAUCUAGUCUUUAUUAGUUGUCGUCGACUAUGGGAACUACAGAUUCAAAGCUAAAUUAUAGGAAAGCCAUCGUCGAGUUGACCACAAAAAGCCAACCAAUUGAUACCAAAGACGAUCACUUUUGGGAUCAGUUUUGGUGCGAAAACAUUAACAAUAUUCAAGAUGUUUUUGCAUUAAUACCGGCGCCAGAAAUCCGAGCUUUAAGGGAAGAGUCGCCUUCAAAUUUGGCCACUUUUUGCUAUAAAGCGGUCGAAAAGUUGGUUAAAUCAACGGACAGUCUGUGCAAUACCUCAGCUCAACAGCAAAUUGUUGUAAAUAGUGUCCGUUUGCUAACCAGAGUCUUACCCUAUAUUUUUGAAGAUCCGGAUUGGAAGGGAUUCUUCUGGUCGAGUCUUCCUUCAGCUUCAUCUGAAUCACAUAAAGAUGAUCAAGAAGUACGCCAAGAGAAUCUUCCGUUGGCACAGUCACUGCUUCUGGCCAUUUGUGAUCUACUUUAUUGUCCCGACUUUACAGUUGCUCCGUUGCCAUCAAAAGGCAGUAAAUUUGGUGCACCCGAUUCCCCACCUGAAGAUCUGCAAUCUAUAGAUAGUUGUGAAUACAUUUGGGAAAAUGGCGUCGGAUUUACAAAUCCAGUGACAAAUUCAUCGUUUUAUGACAAAAACAGAGCGGAAUUAUUACGUCUUCUGUUGACUUGUUUCAGUACAUCUAUGUAUAUAACAGCCAACGAAGCCGGACAUACACCGAACCGAUGGAUACAAUACUUUACAAGUGUUGAGAAUCGUCAUGCGUUGCCAUUGUUUACAUCAUUAUUAAAUACUAUCUUCAGUUAUGAUCCAAACGGUUAUUUACCAUUCAAUCAUUUGUUGUUUAACGACUCGAAAGAACAAGUGGUGGAAAUGGCUCUUCAAAUACUAAUUGUGACCUUAGAUCACGAUUUUAGUACAGAUAAUGCACACAAUUAUGGCGGUGCUUCUGAAGACUUACUUCAAGACAAUCUUUUUAUUAAUUACUUGUCUCGCAUUCAUCGAGAAGAAGACUUUGCAUUUAUUUUGAGAGGUUUUACGAGAUUGUUAAAUAAUCCAUUGAUUCAGACAUAUAUUCCCAAUUCAACCAAAAAAAUACAGUUUCAUCAGGAAUUGCUCGUACUUUUCUGGAAGGUUUGCGAUUAUAAUAAGAAAUUCAUGUUUUAUGUUCUUAAGAGUAGUGAUGUCUUAGAUAUAUUGGUACCAAUUCUUUAUCAUCUAAAUGACAGUCGAACUGAUCACUCAAGAGUAGGACUCAUACAUAUUGGAGUCUUUAUUUUAUUGUUAUUAAGUGGUGAACGAAAUUUCGGUGUUCGACUAAAUAAGCCCUACUCGGCCAGUGUUCCCAUGGAUUUACCAAUCUUUACGGGAACUCAUGCGGAUCUGUUAAUAAUUGUAUUUCAUAAAAUUAUCACAACUGGACACCAAAGACUUCAGCCGUUGUUUGACUGUUUGUUAACUAUCAUAGUUAAUGUCAGUCCUUAUUUGAAGACAUUAUCAAUGGUUUCGAGCACUAAAUUAUUGCAUUUAUUGGAAGCAUUUUCUACUCAAUGGUUUCUUUUCUCUAAUCAAACCAAUCAUCACUUGAUUUUCUUUUUAUUGGAAAUCUUUAAUAAUAUAAUACAAUAUCAAUUUGAUGGCAACUCUAACCUUAUUUAUACAAUUAUAAGAAAGCGUCAUAUUUUCCACUCUUUAGCUAAUUUGCCCACAGAUUUCUCUACAAUUCAAAAAUCGCUUAAUAAGAAAACAACUUUAACUCGAAAACCUAAAUCAUUGUUCACUUCAACAUCGAUAGCCUCCACUUCGAGUCCGAGUUCUCCGACUUCUCCAACUAUGACAUCGCCUCCUACGAGUCCAUUAGAAAAACAAGAAAUGAUGGCACCGUUAGUUGAUUCAAAUGAGAAUUCAUUGAAUCUUAUAUUAGCAGCGACGCCAAGAAUAGAUAAAAUGACUGAAAAAACUCAUCCAAAUCCUAAAACCGUUCGCACAGACGAUGAUAUGCAAAGUAAUGACACUUUUGAAUCAAACAUUAGUAAUAACGUAUUGACGCGUCAAUCAAGUGAGUCAUCGACUACUUCGGGUAGAGCGGGUCAAUGGCAACCAACGACUGAAUGGAUCAAUACGUGGAAACAAAAAUUACCGCUUCAGACAAUUAUGCGAAUGCUUCAGGUUCUUGUACCUCAAGUCGAGAAGAUGUGUAUCGAUAAGGGAAUUACUGAUGAGAAUGAAAUUCUCAAAUUUUUACAACACGGAACUCUUGUGGGACUCCUACCAGUGCCACACCCUAUACUUAUUAGGAAAUAUCAGACCAACGCGGGUACAACACUCUGGUUUCGGACAUAUAUGUGGGGAGUUGUAUACCUGCGUAAUAUUGAGCCUCCCAUUUGGUACGACACUAAUGUCAAACUCUUUGAAAUUCAGAAACUCUAAGUGAUCUAAAAAUCAAUGAAAGCAAAGUUACUUUUACCGUAAUCAGUGGUUUUCGUUAUAAAAAAAAUAUUCGUAAAAGACAUUCUUUUAUUGGACACAAUUUGACGUUUAUUCCUAAAUUUGUUACUAAAAUUGUUGACCAAAAGUUAUUAU